CUCCCAAAAUCUCAUCUUUAUCAUACUCUAUAUCCUCUAUAUCCUCAAUAUCAUCCUCAUAAAACCUCUAAAUUCAUCUAUAUUUCUCCUAUCUUCCUCCUCUAAACUCCCCUUUCCCCUCCCACCUUGAAACUUUUCCUAUCUAUAUCUCCACGGAAUCUCAUCCUUCCCUCCUUGGUAUAUGCAAUUGCCGCUGUUCUGAUUGGAGGAAUAUUGAUCCAGCGACGGCUACUAGCCGCAACCCCAUAGUCUCCUCCCCCCUCCUAGAUCCCCGGACUUUUCAGCUUGCGACUUUCCGUCCUCUCCUCACUCGCUAUUCCAAAGACUAACUUGUCUAUUUGCCGAUACUCUGGAUAAGAAAUCUCGGGAAUCUCUCCUCAGAUGGACAGUCUUCCACCAACUACUCCGAGUCUUGCAAGGCGUCCGGCAAAAUUCCUCUUCUCCUUCCCUGUCUUGGCUUGCGCUCAUUGAGAUAAGCCGUGAUUACCAGCACGCACGCGCAACUAGUUCCGCAAAGGCAUCAGCCUGUGUCUCCAUCUAGAUCAUGCGGCACGACGUUGCGCAUCUUCAACAAUCGAGUCUUCGCAUCGGAUAAUUCCUCCCCCAAACCUUCUCGGUGUUGACCGCAACUGUACACUACAAACUCUAAAAAACCGCCACGAGCCAUCGGUCCAUUGGCCCCCGACUGUACCCGGCUAAAGUCUCAGGAGCAACUUUGGAGCGGCGAUUGCAAUGCUCGAUUUUGCCGCGCGAAUCCCAAAAUAACCUCUCGACAUUCUUCUGACGGCGUGUCACCUCCCGCUUGCUGAUACAUGGCCAGCGUCUUGGGGACGUUUACAGAUCUACAACCCACUCCCAUGGCGACGAAGCCGCUUCAGGCAGUCGUGCAACCGACACCAGUGCCUCCCGCCAGCGCAAAUGGAGUCGCCAACGGGGAGAAGGCGGGAGGCGGCGACACGAGGACCGUGAUAAUCGUCCACGGCCCAGGGCAGGAAGGCAUCGUGUCCGUCUUCGCCGACGUCCUCGGGAAGCCGUUCAGGCUCGCCACCAGCUUCAGGUCCGUCGCGGACGCGGGACAUGGCAUUGUGAUCGGGCUGCGGGCUGAUGAUGCAAAGGUGGACAUACAUGAGAGGGAUAGAAGCAGGAUUGUAGCCAUACAUGCGCACUGUGUGAAUCUGGGGAUGCCCCCGGACGCGGAGCUGUCGAGCGAAUGCGACUACGAGUUUCUAUACGCGGAGAAGCCGUUUUUCAGGAGAGACCUAUCACGCUUCAUCUCCUUUACGCUUGGACAGAUCAACCACCACGAGGCGCUCAUCACGAAACCUAGAACAUAUUUCAUCUCGACGACGUUCCCCGACGUGCGGACGGCGCUGCCGAAUCUCGACAUCCUGACCGUGGGAUCGGACGCCGUCGAGCUACGUGUAGAUCUAUUGAAGGAGCCAUUAUCGGACGGGACGUUCAGCUCGGUGCCGAGCAUCAGCUAUGUCGGGGAGCAGGUCAUGCUACUGAGGCAGCGUACGGAGCUACCCAUAAUAUUCACGACGAGGUGCACAAAGGAGAACGGCAAGUUCCCGAUGGAGAACCCGCAACUAUUCUACGAAUACCUAUACCGCGCCGUGCAAUGGGGUGUCGAGUACAUCGACGUCGAGAUCUGGCUCCCGGAAGAAAUCCGCCGGAGCCUCUACGAGAAGCGCGGCAACAGCAAGAUCAUCAGCGCCUUCCACGACUUCUCCGGGACCUUCCGUUGGCCGUCUGAGCGCGCUCAGGAGAUCUUCCGCGACAGCCGCCGCUACGGCGACAUCGUCAAGAUGAUCACGGUCAUCAACGACGUCUCCGAGAACUACGAGCUCGAAUACUUCCGCUCCCAGAUCCGCGCCAACAACCCCUCCGGCCCCGCCCUCUCCGCCGUCAACAUGGGCCGCCUCGGCCAGAUCUCCCGCGCAUUCAACACCGUCUUCUCGCCCAUCACGCACCCCCUCCUCCCCAUCGUCGCGGCCCCGGGCCAAAUGUCCGCCGCCGAGAUCAACAGCUCCCUAGCCACCAUGUCGCAGCUCCCCCGCAAGACAAUCUUCGCCAUCACCUCCCGCCCCAGCGCCCAAACCGCCUUCUUCGAGAAAUGCUUCAACGAGCUGGGACUAACCCACCGCCUAUCAGCCGUCGACCGCGGUCCAAAGGGUAAUGUCGAGUCCUUCUGCUCACAACCCGACUUCGGUGGCGCCUACCUCAACCCUCCCAUCGCCGCCGCGCAAGCCUACAUCCCGCAGCUCUCCGACGCCGCGAGAGCUAUCGGCGCAAUCGAUACCAUCACCGCGCACACCACGGCCGCCGGGUCGCAGCUCAUCGGCGACAACGCGAUGUGGAAAGGCAUCCGCGCGACGCUCACCCGGGACUUCGCACCAGCUGCCUACCGCGGGCGCGCAGCUAUUGUUGUCGCUUCCUCAGCGGACGAUGCGUCGACUGCGGUGUUUGCGCUGCGCUCGCUGAACGUGGGAACGAUUUACACAGUCGGUUUCCGCGCCGUUGAUGGUGCGCCUGGCUCAGCGGGGCUGUGGCAGGGGAGUGAGGCGUUCACGGGGGUGGAGAGCGUGCAGAGGGUUGAGAUGCCUGUUGUUGUCGUCUCGGCGCUCCCGCCUUCACGAAGCCAUCUCGUGCAGCCGCUGCUGAGGCACUUUGGUGCGUGGCCUGGGACGCGGAGGAUGGCGGGGAAGGAGAGCGGGAGUGGCAGGAUCUUUGUGGAUUUGGCGAGUGGGCCGAGGAAGGGGGAUCCAAGGGCGGUGGCGGAGGGGUGUGGGUGGACUUGUUAUGGGGUUGCGGAUACGGGGGCGUUUGCGACGGUGGAGGUGUUGAGGUUGUUGGUGGGGCAGAAUGUUCCGUAUAGCUUUGUGAGGUUGGCGAGUGGGAGGAGUUUGUCGUAG